AUGGAGGGGCAGCACCGCCUGGCGCCGGGCCAGAUCUCCUUCCAAACUGUGGUGGAAUUCCUGGCUGACGUCAAAACGCUGGACUCGCAUCGAGGCGCCUACAUGCUGAAGCACCGCAACUGCAUGGACGCCCAAAAGGUGUUCAACGAGUUACUGGAUCCGGAGGUGGCCGCCAGCGUGGAAGUGUGGCCGGGCAAGCCAGCCAGCCCACAGGUGGGCCUGGCGCUGCACAGCGUCAAGGCCGUGGUUCAGAUGAUGCAGUAUCACUUCAAUCAAGCACAGCUGCAGUUCUUGAUAGAACCCAAGAUUGACGGAGAACGGCAGCAGAUACACGUGGUGGGGCGGGAUCGCAUCCAUUACUGGUCGCGCCGGGGGAUUGACCAUGGCCCGCAACAGAGAGCUGGGGGUGCAGGCGGCAGCGGUGGAUACUGUGUGCUAGACCACAUCUUCAGGAAGCAGGUGACGGCAGGCUCCGUCAUCUUGGAUGGCGAGCUGGUCAUUUGGAACACCAAGCGGUGA